AUGUCCAAAUGUCCCUUUCCCUCCCACCAAAACCACGCGUCCGAUACUACACCGAAUACCGUUCUUAUCAUGCGGCAGAAUGUUAACGUUCCCAAAACCCGCCGGACAUACUGCAAGUCCAAGGAGUGCAAAAAGCACACCCAGCACAAGGUCACCCAGUACAAAGCUGGAAAGGUGAGAGAGCCAUUCGACUUCACAACCCUCUUGGUCAUGAGGGAUAGGGCUAUCAGGUGUGCUGAUGGCGUCCGUUUCCAAAUCCAGGCCUCGCUAUUCGCACAGGGAAAGCGUCGUUACGAUCGUAAACAGAGCGGUUACGGUGGUCAAACGAAACCCGUGUUCAGGAAGAAGGCCAAGACCACAAAGAAGGUUGUUCUGCGGUUGGAGUGCACGGUCUGCAAGACCAAGGCCCAACUGGCUUUGAAACGAUGCAAGCACUUCGAGUUGGGUGGUGACAAGAAAACUAAGGGGGCAGCUCUUGUUUUCUAA